AUGUACAUAACCCCGCGGACCCUCCAGGCCGUCGCCUGGUCCACGCUGGCCGUGUCCGCAGCGCGCGCCCAGUACGUCAUCGACAGCCUCAGCUUCGGCCACAAGGACGGCGCCGCCUACAUCUCGCCCGACCUGCGAACGAUCCCCCACUUCAGCGUGCUCGGGGUCGACGACUACACGCCCCAGAUCCUCUCCGACCGCGUCAUCCUCACGCCCCCGUACCCCGGCAGCAAGCGCGGCGCGCUAUGGGCGAGCGACCCGAUGCACCACGGCGGCGACUGGACCGCCGAGCUGGACUUCAGGGCGACGGGCAUGGAGCGCGGCGGCGGCAGCCUGCAGCUGUGGUACGUCAAGGACAGCCAGGCGCACGACAAGCCCAACAGCCUGUACACGGUGCCCAAGUUCGACGGCCUGGUCCUGGUCAUCGACCAGUACGAGGGCCACGGCGGCUCGGUGCGCGGCUUCCUGAACGACGGCACCAAGGACUACAAGUCGCACAACGACCCCGAUCAGAUGGCCUUUGGCAAGUGCGACUACGCGUACAGGAACCGCGGCUAUCUCAGCAGCAUCAGGCUGCAGCACACGGACCGGAUGCUGGACGUCAUCGUCGACGGCGAGUCCUGCUUCAAGACCGACAAGGUCAAGCUCCCCCAGGACUACUACUUCGGCAUCAGCGCCGCCUCGGCGGAGAACCCCGACUCGUUCGAAGUGCACAAGUUCAUCGUCUCGACCACAACCUCACACACCCGCGAGGAGCCCGUCCGCGAGCGCGUCCCCGACACGCGCAACCAGCAACACCAGCAGCCCGUGCAGAACCAGCCGCACCAAGAGUCCGCCCAGCAGCAGCACGCCCAGCAGCAGCACGCCCAGCAAAACGCGGCGCCCAAGAAGACGGCCUCGUCGGCGCAGAUCCCCCCCUGGAUCGAGGACGUGCUCGCCACCAACCUGAAGACGGACAACGACCGCUUCGAGGACCUGCACAACCGCAUCCAGGACAUGGCCCACCACGUCGCCGCCCUCUACACCGCCAUCGAGUCCAUCGGCGCCGCAGCCGAGCAGCGCCACAACGACCUCUUGUCAAGACUCGCCCCCCUCGACGACCGCAGCGCCCACAACGUGCGCCUCGGCGAGGGUACCCAGAACACGGUGGACAAGAUCCUGCGCGAUCUCGAGAGCAAAGACUACAAGGAGUCGAUUGCGGCCAUGCACAGGAGGCUCGAGGACAACCACAAGGAUAUUCCGAAUCUGGUGCAGGCGGUUGUGCAGAAGCACGGCUUGAGCUGGGUGAGUCUGCUCGCGAUUGCCUUUGCCGUGCAAGUCAUGGUCGUGGGUGCCUAUCUCGUGUACAAGAAGCGAAGGGGCGGCGCGCCGAAGAAGUAUCUGUAG